CAUUGUUUCCACCCGGAAGUAAAUAAUGAGACGCCCAUAGUUCGAAAUUUGCCGGCGGAAGUACAUGCGUGUGAGCAAGAAAACAAUCCUACAAUGAAUCCGCUUACCAAAGUGAAGCUGAUCAAUGAACUGAAUGAGAAAGAAGCUCAUCUCGGCAUUAAGGACUCAGUGUCGUGGCAUGCAGAGUACAAGGACAGCGCCUGGAUCUUCAUCGGUGGAUUUCCGUACGAGCUGACCGAAGGAGACAUCAUCUGCGUUUUCUCACAGUACGGAGAGAUCGCCAACAUUAACUUGGUGCGGGAUAAGAAGACGGGGAAGUCUAAGGGCUUUUGUUUUCUGUGCUAUGAGGAUCAAAGAAGCACAAUUCUGGCAGUGGAUAACCUUAACGGCAUUAAGAUUAAAGGCCGAACGUUACGUGUGGACCACGUGUCUAAUUACCGUCCACCCAAAGAUUCAGACGACAUCGACGAUGUGACCAAACAACUCAGGGAGGAAGGCUGCGCUCCCAAAGCGCCUUCUUCAUCCGAGUCGGAAUCAGAGGACGAAUGUCUUUUACCGUUGAAGAAACCAAAAAAGGAUAAAAAAGAAAAGAAGAAAAAGAAGAAGGAGAAAAAAGAAAAGAAGAAGGAAUCCAAAGAGGAAAGGCGUGCGACGCAGACCGACUCUCCCUCGACUCCGGCUGUGAGAGUGAAGAAGGAGAAAGAGGACACGGGUUAUGAGAAGUACGUCCUGAAGGGGGCGCAGGAGUCCAGAGGCCAAGAGACGAGGGACUCGCGGGAAAGACCGGAGGAUCAGCACGGAAAUCACAGGAGAGCAGAGAGAGAGAGGGACAGAGAGGACGAAAGGAGGACGGGGAAGAGUAGAGACGAGGCGAGAGGGAAAGACGAGCAGCGUCCACGUGAGAACAGAGAGAGAGAGCGAGAGAGAGAGAGAGACAGGGGGAGAGAAAGCGACAGAGAAAGAGAGAAAGUCAGAGAGAGAGUUAAGGACAGACAUCGAGAGAGAGAUAGUGAAAAAGAACGAGACAGAGAACGACACUAUAGAGAUAGAGAAAGAGAAAAAUGGAGAGACCGAGACUCUGACCGAGAAUACAGACGCAACUGAAACAAACGUCUUCACAAAGUUGGAGUUUUGUUUUUGAUCCAACUUGAGUUUCCUGUUUAGUGUUGUGACAUCAUAAUAUGUGUGUUUGUGUCAAAUAUUGUAAAUAAAAGAUUUUUUUUUUA